GAGGUGGAGCAGGAUGCAGUCCAGGAGAUGAAACGUGCACUGAUCAUUCACUAUACUAACAAUACAACUCUAACAGUAUGGAGACUGUUUCCCUGGCCAUACGUGUGUGGCUUUUUGUAUUCUGUAUCCAGAUGUUGUGUGCAGAGAACAGAGUGACUCUCCUAAACCCACCAGAAGAAACUGUUCCGGAUCACCUUUUAAAAAUCCUCUAUUCCUGUGACCAACCAGCCUGGGUUCACCUCCACUGCCUCAUAUCUUUUGAAUCUGGCUCAGUUUUAACUAUUGAACUCAGAAGUUGGAGCUGUGAGCCAGGACUCCCCAGAACCCGCUCACUUACCCUGGUCCUUCCUGAUUGGCUAGUGUACCGGCCGGAUGGGACAGUGAUGCUCUCCCAAUGGGUGCUCAGCUGCAUCCUGCGAGUGUCACUCACAUUCACAGGGGAGAGCAGUUUGGUGGUGAAGGACGUGGCGUCGCUGGAGCCAAAGCCCUUAUACAGUCGUCCGUUAAAACAGCACAAACUGUGCUUCAGCUGGAGCGCAGACAUGCAAAAGUUAGCUCAUGGGUUUGAUAAAAUGGUGUGUCCCAUGGAGCAAGAGACAGUCACUCUUCUAUCCUCGGUGUUUGCCGCCACUGGGGAACACUUUGGCAUCACGAAGACACUGCAGCCCUUUAACAAUGAGCUCCUGGAGCACCUCAGACUUAAAGCCUUCUCCUUUCCUUGGUGUAUGUUUUCCUUGUGGCUUUUGGUGACUGAACCGUGCAGCCAGCAGAGACUGUGUGGCGUGCUCCAUCACAUUGACCGUCAUGAGAAUUACGUCACUCCUGCGCUCUUCCUCACUUCCUCAGGUCAGCUGCAUGUUCAGAUGAGUGGAUACGGUCAACAGUCCAGUGCCUUUCUCUCCCCCUUUAGAGUCCCCCUGAGACAGUGGUGCCGUAUCACAGUGGAGUUACGUGGAACUAUGGUGUAUGUGUUCAUGGUGUGCUUGGAGAAGGACCAGAGGAGAGUCUAUUCUGCUCUGCAUUUUUUUAAUCAUAACCUGAUGAUGGACGACACUGAAGGCUACUUUGUGAUUGGAGGAGGCAAGUACAUCCGCUCAGUGGAGGGUUUCUUUGGACCACUGCUGUUCUAUCGCAACAGGAUCCCUGAAUAUGCCAAGACUGUAGCAGAACUUCCACAAAUGAUCCACACACUGAAUCUGAGCAGUUGGCUGCAGAGGUGUGAGGACUUUCAGCACCAUUUGAGUGUGAAAAUCAGUGAAUAUUUACAGAAGACACAGAGGGCUCACACAGAGAGCUGUAUAGAUGCUUAUGACCAAUACAUGAAGACUUACAGACAGGCUGGAGGGCCUCAGUGUGAGGACGGGGAGGCUGUGGCUGCAAACAGAAAGUAUGCUACAAAAGUGGCCGAGUUCUUAGUCUUUAAAAGAGGAGGCAGAGUGACUGUGAGGACUGUGGGCCGGGCUCUGUUCCACUUGUCCCUUCAGAAGCUGGGCGUCUCUCUGUCACCCUCUUCUGUUCGGACACAGCUGCCUCGGCUGAAGCAGGCUGGCUGUCUACAUGAGCCCACUGCCCUGCACUUGUCUGCUGCCCUCUACUCUUCUGGACUGGGGAUUCAGCCAAGCUCAAAUAAGUCCUGGCUCCUGUCCCUGCUCUCAGCUCAGAGGGACCACAGACUGGCUCUUCUGCGGUUGGGCUUCCUCCAUCUCUAUGGUCUCUCUGGACUGCCCACAGACCCAGACCUGGCCUAUGCCUACUACUCCAACAUUGCCGAGCAGACUGUGACUGACCGCCUCAGCCCCUCAGCUCAGCAGGCGAUAGUGGAGGCCAUUAAUCUGACUGACCAGGAAGUGCUGGAGCAGCAGACCGCUGAAGAGCACCACAUCUUCCAGUGGCUCAAGUUCCUGGCUCAGAAAGGAGAUGCACAGGCUGAGCAAAGAAUGGGGCAGAUGCUGUUCUGGGGUCAGCAGGGUGUGGCCAGUGACCCUCAAAAGGCUGUGGGGCACUAUCAGAGAGGAGCUGAGCUGCACGAGGACCCUGUGUCUAUGUACGACUAUGGCAUAGUUCUGCUACAGGGCCAAGGAGUUGAAAAGGACAUUCCCAAAGCGGUCUUUUAUCUCAAGAAAGCAAUGGACAAGGGUUCAGUUCCUGCCCUGAGCGCUCUGGGCUGGUACUACGAGCAGUAUGAGAAGAACUACGUGAAGGCAGUAGAGCUGUGGGAGCGCGCUGACCUCCUGGGAAGUCCUGAUGCCGCUAUGAACCUGGGAGUCAUGCACUUACAGGGAUACUACCCAAACAAACCAGCCAACAAGUUUUUAGCAUAUCAGUUCUUCCUAAAGGCAGCCAACAGAGGCCACAUCAAAGCAGCCAAUCUGGUGGCCGAAAUCUGGACCACUGGGCUGCCUGCAUAUGUGGACAGAAAACCGCUUGAUGCUGUGAGAUUGUCAAAAUGGGCCGCUGAGCACAAUGGAUACUUGGGCAGAGUGCUAUGGAGAGGACUGGACUCGUAUUUGAAGAAUGACAUGCUUCAUUCUCUGUUGUUCUAUCUGAUGGCAGCUGAGUGCGGUUUUGCAGUUGCUCAGUUUAACAUGGCGUAUUUAUGUGAACAGAAUACAGAACACCUUCUGCAUCCAGAUUUUGCUUCUUCUUGUAUGUGGAAAUAUUAUAAUCUCACCAUCAGGAGUGAAAAUCCGCACACUUAUGCCUUGAUAAAGCUCGGAGACAUGCUGUACCAAGGCCAUGGAGGCACACAGAAGGAUGUGAAUGCUGCCACUCACAUGUACACAGCAGCAGCUCUGAGGAAUCAGCCGCAGGGGCUCUAUAACCUCGGGCGCCUGGUGGAGGAGGGCUAUACGCUGCCGCUGUCCGUACUCAGUGACCUGGGCCUUUCCAAGCUGUACCAGUCAGACCAGAGUGUGAUCUUGAAGGCUUUGUAUCAAAAGUGCAGAGAUUCGGAUGACGCAGACUCUUUCUUGCCCUGUAGUCUCAUUCUCCUCAGUGUCUACCUACAGGAGCUACAUGAGGACUACAGUGCUUCCAUAAAGGUACAGGCAAAUUUGAAAACUUUUAUUUGAAGAUAUUUUUUUAUUGUUUCUUUUCUGGGGUUGUGGUGAACCAAAAUCAUAAUUAAUAAGGUUAGGAAAUGUUAAAUUUAUCCAGUGAGGCAAAGACUCAUUAGAAUAAUAAUAUACUGAAUUGGUAUAAAAACAAAACACAUAGCAUUUAACAAAAUGCUUAUAAUAUAAUAGGUCAUAUCUCACCUAGCUCAGUACACUGCAUAUUUCCCAGAACACUAUGGGCCAGGAUUUGAUGAUGUAGCCCUUUCACGGAUGCGUGACCU